AAUCCAUUAGCUCUGUUGUACAUAUAAUGUCGGUUCUGUGUCUUCAUGGCAAACCAACAACAUUAUCUUGGAUUAUUUUCAAAUUGAUGCAUCGAUCAGCUGUUUCUAUGAUUUAUAAUUGUCUCAACAUCUCCUACUCAGUUACAAUUAUUCCACAUCCUUCAAAUUACUAAAUAAUUCACAGUAAGAAAGCUGUCGAAACAGACUUGGAUGAAAUUAAAACGUUUCAACUGUGAGAACCUGUUGGUUCGUUUUGAUGACCGGAAUUUUGGCAACAGCCGAGAAGAAGAAGCAGUUGACCAACUCGUAAGACUGAAUAGAAACAUCGGAGAUGAACUUUGAAUGCACUCCUUACAAAACCGUAAGAAAAAAAGCAUUAAGGCAUACUUGCCCAUAUUGUUAUUUUUAGCAUCGCCAUCGUCUUAUCUGAGCUUUUCUGUAGAAAUGACAAAUGUAUGAAUAAUGCACGGAGAAAUGACAAUAUACACUUGUCAUUCCUACGUGCAGUAAAUUCUAUAAUUUCGCCAGAUAUUACAUAGCAUCUUAAAAAAUCUGUUUAGUUGCUUGGGACACAAUAUGCGAGUGGAAGAAUUCGAUGUCCUGAAAUACAAAAAGAGGACUUUCUUUUUCUCUUCUAACUAGAAAUGAAUACAGAUGUACAAUUCGAUCUUUCUCUACUUUCUUUUAGCUACAAGAAAACCAAAAAUAUAAACUAUUUUGCAGACAUGUGAACGCUUUACCGUGUGCUAUUCAAUUUUAUCUUCUACUUUGAAUGUCCUCAACAGCUGCCAUUCAAUAGUAACCCGUCGGAACUAUUGUCCGAUUUAGAAAUACAAAGAAUAUUCUAUUUGUUUCCCCUGGAUGUAUAUAUAUAUAAUAAACAGAACCGAACUGGAAUUCAAUAGGAAAUCUCUAUUUCAUAUGUAUUUGCUCAAGUUUACUUAGGAUUUACUCAACAGGUAUAAUGGAAGCAUUACCUUUGGUGAAAAAAUUACUCGCCGAUGAUGAGAAGUGUUUGAUUAGUGUCCGAGCUGGUCUUGUUGAUAAUGGUAAAAAGAUCUCAAAAUACCUUGUGGUUGUCAACCGAUCUGGUGACAAAGCUGUGUUAAUAUUUUCUACCACUCAAGUACCAUGUAGUGAGAUAAGCCAGUUAAGUGUCAUGGAAACUAUACCAAUCAACAAAGAAUUCUCUUACAAGCAAGAAUCAGAGGUACUUGUCGAAAUAUCAAACAACCAAAAGCGAUUACGUUUUGAUCUAUCAGCAAGUCAAACUGUUGCGCUAUGUAAAGAACUGAAACAGGCAAAGGAAACUGUUGCACAUGUCGUUGGAUUCGGUUUGCCUUCAUCUUUUUCUUGGCUGGACAAGUAUACUAAUAAAGCCCUUGAAAAAAACUUAUUUGAAACAGAUGUUUUUGACCCAUUGAAGUACAUGAAUAUUGAAGAUAAUGGGAAGAAAGCCCAGCCUUCUUUGGUAAAAUCCAAUCAGGAACAGGGAAACCUCUCUUUGACAAUUCAGGAAGAAUUUGAUCCACUGAAACCUGCAUUUGUUUUAAAACCAGUGAAAGAUGACACGGAACUUUGUACACAUGCCUCAAGGGUCGAUGCUUCAUCCCGGUUACAAGUUGAACACAAGCCUCGCAAUCGAUCUCCUGUUGUUUAUACAAGAAAGGGCGCUGGAAGUGGGCCAAACUCUAGAUCAGCUUCACCUGCUUUAUUGCAUCCUGCCAAUUCCAACAGCAAACUAAAGAAUUUCUCAGAUUUGGCUCGAAGCAACGAUUCUUUAAAUGAAACAUUUGAUACCUUCAAGAACGACACCAUGGAUAGUUACUCACAAAAGUUGACCCCGAGAGAAAAUAUGGUGAGUCACUUGAUGAUGGAUUGUGAAGAUGAAUAUACAAACAUACAAAAAGUCAAAGUUUUCUGUGGCACCUGGAAUGUGAAUGGCCAGUCUCCUACUGUUUCAAUCCACACAUGGUUAGCAUCUGAUCCCGAACCUCCAGAUAUUUAUGCUGUUGGGUUUCAAGAGCUGGAUCUCAGUAAAGAAGCUUUCAUUUUUAGUGAAUCCCCCAAAGAAGGAGAGUGGCUACAAAUGGUAACAUCUUGCCUCCAUCCUAAAGCUAAAUAUAAAAAGGUGAAACUUAUCCGACUAGUUGGUGUAAUGUUAAUUAUAUUUGUGACUAAAGAAUUAAGCCCCUUUGUGAAAUACAUUGAUGCAGAUUAUGUAGCAACUGGCAUCAUGGGACUUUUGGGCAACAAAGGAGGAGUGGCUGUGAGAAUGACAAUUCAUAACACUUCAUUGUGUUUCAUAAAUUCUCACUUGGCUGCCCAUCAGGAAGAAUUUGAACGGAGAAACCAGGACUACAGAGAUAUUGUCAGCCGCCUCCGAUUCCGACAGUUUCUUCCUCACCUUACUAUGCACGACCAUGAAGUUAUCUUUUGGAUUGGUGAUUUAAACUACCGUUUAUCAGAAAUUGAUAUUAAUGAUGUGAAGAAAUAUAUUGAUAGCAAAGUUUACUCCAAACUUUUUCCUUAUGAUCAGCUCUAUAAACAAUUAGGAAAGUCAGAUGUGUUCAAAGGCUUUACAGAAGGCGACAUUUCCUUUAGACCAACAUAUAAAUAUGACACAGGCACUGACAACUGGGACUCAAGUGAAAAAUGCCGUGCGCCUGCCUGGUGUGACCGUAUUUUAUGGAAUGGUUCCGCUGUCUGCCAGAGUUGUUACAGAUCUCAUAAUGAACUGAAAAUAAGUGACCACAAACCUGUCAGUUCCAUCUUUGAUGUUGGCUUGAAAGUUGUUGAUGAAGAAAAAUCCAAAAAGGUUUACGAAGAUAUCAUGAAGCGGUUAGACAGAAUUGAAAAUGAAUACUUGCCUCAAGUUAAGAUUGACAUUGCAGAACUGAAUUUUGGUGAAGUCAAAUUUUAUGAAUCCAAGAAACAGAAAGUGGUUGUAAGCAAUACUGGCCAGGGGAUAGUUGAAUUUGAGUUCAUUAAAAAGUUAAAUGGAAACAGUUAUUGCAAGCCCUGGUUGAAGAUUACUCCAUAUAAAGCAUUUAUUAAGCAAGAUGGUAUGCAAGAGGUGGAGCUAGAGGUGUACGUUGAUGAGGAAACUGUUUCUGAACUAAACAGUCAUGAAGAUAAAAUUGAAGACAUCUUGGUGCUUCACCUUAUUGGUGGCAAAGAUUGUUUUAUCACAGUAUCAGGUAAUUUCAUUCCAACCAGUUUUGGAUCUUCUAUAGAAGCUCUGAUUCAAAUGCAACAACCAAUCCGAGAAGUGCCUGUGGCUCAACUGAUAGAUUUGGAACAGCCAGGUAGUUUAAAGGAUGUGGACAUUGCUGCCACAGGAGGUCGGUUGUAUGCAGUCCCAAAGGAGAUUUGGCGUUUAAUUGAUCAUUUGUUUAAAUAUGGUCGAUCACAGGAAGACCUUUUCAAACAAGAUGGCCUCAAUACUGAAAUUUACCAAAUUCGGGACUGUCUUGAUACUGGUGCUCCUGACAAGAUUCCUGGUAGUAUCCAUUCUGUGACCAGUGCUUUGAUAUUGUUCCUGAGGUGUCUGCCAGAACCUGUGAUUCCAUGUCAUGUUUUCCACAAAUGCCUUCAAGUCAGCAACAACUACAAUUACUCCCGACAUGUUCUUAGUUCAAUUCCUGAACAUAAUCGAACUGUCUUCAAGUACAUAUGUGCAUUCCUGCGAGAGCUCUUAGAACAUUCGGAAGCUAAUAAUUUGGAUCCCAAAACUCUUGCCUCCAUUUUUGGCCACCUGUUUUUACGUCCACUCAAAUCGGAGAGAAAUUCUCAGGAAUACGCAGAAAAGAAAGCAUUGUUUGUAUUCCACUUCCUUGUGAAUGAGUAUGAUGAAUGAACACCAUCAUAGCAGCAUCAUCAUCAUGCCACAUUUAGGGGGUUUCUUUUUAAAUAGUGUAUUGUUGUUGUGUGUGGCAGGUGAGGUGGAGAGGUAAGAUGCUGAUGAUCUCAAUGACCCUUUCACACUGGGAACAGAUUCACAGGAAUCACAAAAUAUCCUUGAGGAAAAAAUUUCAGAACUUUUUAAGAAGUAAUUAUCAUCUUGAUUCUUCAAAGAGGUGCCAUGCCAAAAUGUUUAAAAUAUUGAGAAUUCCUAGCAGCACCUGCUUCACAAAUAUCUUAUCUGACAGCAAGCAGUUAUGUUCUUGGGGGGUAACACAUAAAGCUUGUGGCUUAAGAUUUCAUGCUUAUAUAUUAAAAAAGAAAAAAAAAAAAAACCAUUAUCAUCAUCAUCAUGAAUAUCAUCCUUUCAGGGCUUUCAUAAACUAUGUUGUGUGAGACCCCCCCUCCCGUCUCUGAUCACAAACAUUUAACCUGUGUAAAAGACUUGUUUUUAAUAUAUGUGUGUAUGUACAUAUAUAUAUAUAUAUAUAUAUAUCUUUUAUUAAUCUGUUUGUUGACUGAGAGACUGUACAUUGGUGUGAAUGUUUUCAAUAUUACGUCUGUGAUCCUUUCUGCUUGUCUGCCAUUACCAGUUCGCCAAUAUUCUGUGGCUCAAGACAUGGCAGCUAUUCUCACACACACACACACACACACACAAGUAACACUAGAACUAAUAUUCUCAGAAUCAGUUUAAAAGUGGUGGGGGAGUACAUUCCUAAUAUUUAUCUUUUCCAUGGUUUAAAUAUUUUAUUAAAAGGGGUAAAAGGCAGAAAGUUGGCAGAAUCAUUUGUGCAAACAAUAUGCUUUCAGCUCUUCACUUUCUGAGUUCAAAUCCUGCCAUGUCAACUUUCUCUUUUAUCCUUUUAGGGUCAAUAACUUUAAAGUACUAGUCCAGGAGUGUGGUGUUGAGCUGUAAUCGACUGGCUUCCUCCUUUCAAAACUUGACUUUUUGCCAAAAUUAGGAAGAAAUAUUAAUGGUGGUGUAAUUGACAAAAUGUCUUGUGGUAUUUAUUCCAAUCCUGCUGGAGUCAACUUUGCCUUUCAUCCCUUCAGCCCCCAAGUACAAGGGUCGAGGAAAUUGUCUUAACACCAUCAAAGUUGCUGACCUUGUUCCUAAAUUAGAAACCAUUAUUGAGUGAAGUAUUUUAGCUUGGUCCCCUUCUCUGGUCUGGAGUUCAAGUCCCAAUGGAGACUUUUACCUGUUUUCAGUCAGACUGUGGCCAUGCUGAGGCACUAUCUUGAAGGAUUUACUCUAACAAAUCAACCCCAGUACUUUUUUUUUAAGCCUCUUUUUUGCUGAACCUCUAAAUUACAUAUUUAUAAACAACCAAUACCAAACACAAACAUACAAUGGGCUUCUUUCAGUUUCCAUCUAUCAAAUCUACUCUCAAAGCUUUGGUGUGCCUAGAGUUUUAGUAAAAGACCCUGAACGAAGAGUUAUAGCGUUGAGAAGCAAAAUUCUUCCAACACAGCCAUCUCGAGGGAAGGGUGAGAAGCAAAGUUCCAAUCAAGCGCUGAACUCAUUGGUUACAUCUUCCCUGAAACUGUAGAAUAGAAAUUCUUUAUUUUUUAGGAAUGAACAGAAAGGCAGCAAACUGGCAGAAUCCUUAAUACAUUGGAUGAAAUGCUUAGAAUCUCUUUCAGUUCUUUACGUUCUGAGUUCAAAUUCUGAAACGGUCAACUUAUCCUUUUACCUUUUUCAGAAUCAAAUAAAUUGAGCCUCAGGAGUUGAUGUACAAAAACUGCUGGCCUUGUGCCAAAAUUUGAAGCCAUUAUUAAGAGUGAACAAGAAUAAGAGGCAGAAAUAGAGCAUCAAAUUAUAUGUGUACACACCUUUCUAUACUUAGUUGCAUUCCUUUCUCUGCUGUCAAAUCUAUAGCUGCAAAGUGGGAGCAGACUGACCCCACCUUGUAUCAGACAGUGGUUAACAAACAGUUGAAGCAGAUUGACUGUAGUUAUGUCCCUUUACAUUUCAGAUUAUUGCCAGGUUGUCAACUGAUUGACUUCUCUGUCUGCUGGUUAAUAAAUACCAGUCAUACGCUAAGUUUUAUUCCCCAAAUUCAUGACUGAGCUGGUGUAAGAAAUCCUUAUUUGGUUGUGCUGUAAUACAGUUGGAAGUUGUAUAAUUUAGGUUUCCAUACAAAUGAAAUUAUUUCAGUUACAUUAAAUAAGUGGCGAGGAACAAGAAAAAAAAUGCCCCUCCUCUCAACAUCAUUAAAAUCUCAGACUUGAUGUCUAAUAUAUAUAAAACUUUGCUAAUUAACAUCUCUGGUGGCCAUGUGGUGAGACUGAGUUCAAACUUGAUAUAAUCUCUUGUAGGAAUUACUUCACCCAGGGACCUAAUGCUGUCAAGAAAGUCAUCCUUUACUCAGUAUUAAGAAGUUUUAUAACUAAUUUAUUAUUAGGGAGGUGGGGUGGAUUGACAGAACCAUUAGUGUUGGGCAAAACUAUAUUUCUCUUUAUAUUCUGAGUUAAAAUCCUGCCACAAUCAAUUUUGCCUUUUAAUUCCCCCUGCAGGUUGAUGAAAUCAAGUCCUAGCCAUGAUGAACUGGUUAGAGUCUAUGAAGUGAAUUCAUUUCCUUGCCCUUUUACUUAAAUUAACUGAAGGUCCAUGAUGAUAGUUACAUUCUCAAAAGAGAAGCACCAAACUUAAAAGUCUUUCAUACUUAAGAGAUUGAUGAUAAUGAUACCAGUAAUUUAUUCUGGUAUAAAUUAUAUUCACUAUCUUCUUUCCCUUAAAAUUAAGUUUCUGAUCAAAAUUAUUAUUUAUAAAUCAAUGCCAAGAGGUUACGGGAAAGAAUGAAUGAAAAGAGAAAUAAUAAAAUGAGAAAAAAUAUAAAUUAUCAAGGUUGAAGAGAAGUUUAAAAAUAUCGGAUUAGUUCAUGAACUGUCUGCACAGAUGGGGAAACUGUACAAUAAAUAUUUUUGUUCAAAACAUCUUAGAAUGGGAAAAGUGUGAAUCAGCAGAUGUUAAACGAUGACCAUCUGAGUGAUUAUAAACUUUUCAGGGUUUUGUCGUUAACAAAAUGUAUUUCUGUCUACUGGGGAGGGAAAUCUCUCAUCUUAAUAUGACUUAAAUAGCACACAUGACACAAUACAGACUGGAUAAGAGAGGCUUACUUACCAUGACCACCCUUCAGGAUUAAUCUUCCCAUCUUUAAGAAGGACAAUGAAGUCGUUUAUGUUGUCACUCAAGCAUUUAACCUUCACUACCAUAUUUAUUUAAUUUUCUUCUUUGAGCCCAUGUUCAUUACAGAAUAGAGAACAAAAACUAUUUUGAUUAAAGGAACACUAAAAGUGAACAGCUUUGAAAUACUUUCCAACCUCUAUAUUCUCUGAACACAUUUAACUGUCAAUGAAUGAUUUUUGUACAUAGUAAAAACAUAUCUUGUGAAACUGAAGCAGUUUGUCUUUGUGUGUUGAGACAAUUGUCCAAGCAUCUAUUUUCAGACACUUCAACAGUUUCUCGAUAUUUAUUCCUUUGAGAUUAUAUUGAACAACAAGAGAUGGAUUUUAAUAAACGUCGUUGUUUGUAAUGUAUUCUAUUAAAAUUGAAAGUGCAGGUGAACUACGUGUGCCAAGCAUUUUUCUAGAGCUAAAUUCAAAUCUGAACUAACACAGCUACUGUGAUUAUAUAUAUAUAUCAGAAAGACAACGUUUAUAUAACAUAUCAGACACCUGGUGCUCCCCUCUUCAAGUUGUAAGCUUAUAUAUCCUACAGCAUGUAUUGCUGUGAUUAUUCAAAACUUAUUCCAGGUUGUGAAAAUUCAGGACAGGGCUUCCAAAGUUACUGAAGAUGAGUUUGAUGCUUUUAAGAAAAAUUAAAAUACAGACACACGAGCUUGCUCUUAACAAUCGUGAAAAUUGUUUUCUUGAAAUGUAUAAACAAGCUUCUGUUUGGUCUCACUUUUUUCAUAUAUAUAUAUAUAUAUAUAUAUAUAUAUAUAUAUAUAUAUAUAUACACACACACACAUACAUACAUACACACACACACACACACACACACACACAGAUAUAUGUGCGGCUUGCUAAGAAACUUUCUUUCCAACAGUCAUGUGGACUCAGGUUCAGUUCCACUGCACAGCACCAUGGUUGUGUAGCUUGGGUGGGUUUGGUGGACAGAAAUUGAAGUCUCUCAUAUCUGUGUGUUGACAAGCAUCACUGUCAUUACAAGCAGUGUUCAUUGUGAAAAUCAUGUCAGGUCAUGUAUUCCCCUUGCUUGGAAACUGAAAGGGUUACCUCAACAAAUUUUCAUCUGAGCCAAAUGUGGACAAGUAGAUGUUAAAUCACUAUGUAUGUGAGUGUGUAUAUAUAUAUACACACAUUUUCCUGUUUGUGUCAAAUAUAAUCCAAAACACAAGUAUAAUUUUUUUUAUUAACUGGAGUCAGAGUAACUCAAGUGCCGUGAGUUUCAGAGAUUGGCACUUAUCAAUGCACAAAAGACAACCCUUGGGUCACUAAGUUCUGCCAAUUAAUAAAUUAAUUAUAUGUGCAUACACACACUUUCAUUGUAUAAAAAGUUAGACUUCAGGUUGUAUCACAAAACUAGCAGCAAUACACAGUGUACCACAAAAGUACUAACCCAGUCACAGAGGCCAUGUUUAAAGCAUACAUGCUGUUAAUAUCAAUUAUCCUGACAGUAAAAGAAAAAAAGUUACUUGCAGAUGUCAAUAGAAGUAUUCCUUGAAGCAAAUAUCCGUUUUUACCAUGUUUGCAUGGAUCAGAUGGAAUUCAUUGAGACAGGUUUGCUGCAGCUGGAUGCAUUUUUUGUCACCAACCUUCCUCAUCACGAGAUGUUUGAGGGAUACUGGAAAUGAAAGACACCAUAUGAUGAUGUGACAUCACAUGUCAUCAACAGGAGAUGCUCUUGUGAUUGGUCAACCUUACCUAUAGAUGCCAUGCAGUAAGACUGGACCUGAAACUACAGUUUGGAACUUAAAUGACAUUAACUGUAUCCUAGAAACAAAAAUAUUAUUAAUUUCCCUUUUUUAAGCAAGAUUAUUCUAAUGGCCAAAAGUAACUAUUACAGCAUUUCACUCGAUUAACAGAAGGAAAUAUUUUUAGAUGGAUUGCUUCAGACAUAUUUGUUGAUUAACAAUGCCUACAUCUAAGCUCUUUUUUUUUUUAAGGGUUGUAUGUUUUUGUGGGUCCUAUUUUAACAGCCAUUUUCUGGUGGAAAGUGUUAUAUUAGGACCCAGUUUCUUUCCCAAGUUGGAGUUAUUUCAAUUUAUUUAAAAUGUUCAAUGUCCCUCGGAAGUAUAUCUCCAUUUAUAGAUCACUCUAAUCAUUCAACUGCUAUUAUUGGAAGUGGGCUAAUGAGAUAAUUCAUAGAAGACUAUGUUACAUGCAUGUAGCUUGUUUGUUAAUCAAGAGAGUAUUAUAAUCACUAAAUUAUAUUGCAUUUUUAAUUUUUCUUUUCUACAAUGACUUAUUAGCUUCAUUAAGAAAGCAGAUUCUUGUCUUAAACUUUCUGGAAACAUCUUUGAGUUCAGCGUCCCCUUUAAAAAUCAGAUAUCCACAUUCAAUAUCCUGCAUUUUAUUUACUUUAAAUCUGUAGUUUUAACCUUUGUAGCUCAGCAACAAAUUAUUUCUAAGAAAAAUCACAACCCCCUCUAAAGCAACCAGCACCACCUCCUUGUCAGCUCACAUUCACCCUCCAAAGGGGUGCUACUAUCCCAGUUAAGAACCUCCCUUUUAAAUCUUAAUGGACAAUUUAGAUUGAAAUGCAAACCAAUUCACUCCUUUUAUAAAGUGAAACUACCAUGGCAGAAUAAAGUAACUUGCUCAAGGCCAGAAUCUUAUUGCUCUCUUGAAACACCAACAGCAGCAAUUGUAGUAGUAGUAGUAGUUCUAUUCAUUUAAACUUCACAAAAUGAUUUGGGGGAAGAGAAAAAAAGUCACAAGUCCUAAACCAGAUUUUCUCACAUCUAAAAACGUUACUAUCAUUAUCCCAAUGGAUAGACAUGCUCAAUUGUAAUCUAACUCUCUCCAAAGUUAUUUCUUUUAAAUUAUGGUAACAAAAUAAAAAUUAUUCAACUGAA